AUGGCCGAAGACGGACAAAACAGAAGAUACCCCCAGAAUCUUCAGGGAGUCCUACAAUUGGCAAUCGAUGCUGGCUCCGGUGCAGAGGGUCCUGCUCCUGUCGAACCCAUUUCAGAGGAGAGGAGCGUGUGGUUGAGGGAGGCUCUCGCAGAGGUCUGCAAAGGACAGAUGGAUGAAGUGGAGCAGAUGAAGCAGUGCUUGGCUAUCCUGAACAAAGAGGAGGUGAACGGUGUGGGGGAUGGGGAUGAGGAAGAUGAAGAUGAGCGGGAAUCUGCUUUUGAGUUGCUGUCUGAUUUGUGUGAGAACCUUGACAAUGCCAGAGACCUGAUGGUUCUGGGGGGGCUGGAUUUGUGCGUCUCCCGAUAUUUGUGUCAUGUCCAAAGUAGGUUGAGAUGGAGUGCUGCUCAGCUGAUUGCUGCCUGUGCCCAGAACAUGCCACAAGUGCAAGAUCACUUGCUAAAGAUAAGCGCUUUGCCUAAACUUCUACAGCUGACAGACUCAGACCCCCACCCCACAGUCAGGGUCAAAGCCCUUUAUGCAGUCUCAUGUCUGGUGCGAGAGCAGGAUGCGGGACUGGCAGCAUUCCUGUCCCUUGAUGGCUUCUCGGUGCUGAUGAGAGGCAUGCAGUCGGAACAUGAGAAGCUUCAGACUAAGUCGGCGUUCCUUCUGCUCAACCUGCUGACGUCACAUCCGGAACAGAAAGACACAGUGGUCUCCAUGGGGAUGGUGCAACAGCUGGUCUCAGUGCUGCGCUCAGCACACUCACCUGUUCACGAACACGUGCUCGGUGCCCUUUGUAGCCUGGUGAAAGACUGUGAAAAGGGACUCAAAGAUUGUCGGGAUCCAUCUCUCGGUCUUGAAGAGUUAUUGCGACUGCGAGCAAGAGAGCUCCGAGGAAAAGAGGAAAGUCAGGAAGAACUGGAAUUCUGUGAGGGCUUGAGAAAAGCUUGUUUUGGCGGACACCAGUCAGAUGACCACGUGAUGGAUCGCUGA